AUGACUAAUUCCAAGUCUGUAUAUGAACGAAAGUCUUUUAGCAAACAAGAAUGGAAGGAUUACGUGCUGGAGUCCUCUCUUCCCUUUGAUGCUAAUGGAGCCUCAACCGAUCGUCGCUCCAAUACCAUAAGCUUGAAUAACAGGCCAUGUGUAGAGCCUUCAAUUCCGCAUUUACUUCUCAACUACUUUAUUGUCAUGAGCUAUGAGGAAUCAAGUAUAAGGAUGGCUAAGGAGCUUGGCUACAUACGGAACAACAAGGAUGCAGCAGAAUUCAAUAAGAUAUAUAAGAUAAGGGAUAGAGCAUACAUUCGGGAGCUGAUCAAAAAGGGAAUGGUUCUCAAGGCCAUUGACGAGAUAAAUUCUAAGUUUGGCGUGGAAGUUUUAGAGAAUCUGACUACCGAUUCUAGCUCAAAGAAGAGAUCCAAUGAAGAGGAUUUACAUUUCAAGUUGCUGCUUUUGAAUCUCAUCGAAAUGAUAAGGAAACAUCAUCAAAGCUCCAAAACGGAGGAAAAUUCUAACAAGUUUAUCUUAGAAUUAAUAGAAUACUCUCAAGAUAAGCUCGCAUUGAAAGCAGGAUCGAACAAGAAAUAUAUGAAGGAACUAGAAUUAGUUAUGACAUUACUUCUUUUCCCCAUGGAGCCCUCUCAAGGAUCGCAUUCUAAGUCAAACAUCAACUUACCGAAGAGUCUAAAAAACUUGUAUUCCUUGUCACUAAGGUCGAAGAUCGCAGACCUCGUAAAUCGCAAAUUAUUGGAGUCGAUGCACCCUCAAAUCCUUUCAUCCAGCAACAACGGCUUGUUCCCAGAUUUGAUUGGUCUCAAAAAAUCUCAGAAAGAUUUAUACAAUUAUAACGGGCUUCUCAAAGCAAGCUCUAAAGAUACUAUCUCGGCUGAGUUCACGGCUACUAACUUGGGGGAACUAAAGGACGCUCCGGAAGGUCCUUUGGGGGCUAAGCGCUGGUCUAAUAACGAUUGGCGAAGUACCACUGCUCUUAUGAAGGAGCAGAAUGCGCAAAAUGAUGCAAAUACCAAUACGCUAGACAGCGGUACGGGUCUAAAAUAUGAGGCGAAAUUAAUUCAGGCAAUGAAGGUUUGGGCCUGGUGCGAGAAUCAGUUACAUAGUUCCGACAUUGGUGUCCCAAGAGUCGAAGGUGGUAUAUAG